AUGAAGACCUUUGCUAUCCUCACCGCUCUUUUCGCCUCGGCAUCGGCAUUUGCCCCUAGCACUCCUGCUGCUCGUCCUUCCAUGGCCUUGAAUGUGGAUCUUGCCAAUGGAGCCAUGUCGUUUGACCGUGUCUGCCGUGAAUGGCGAUGCAAGUACACUGGAGACAAGACCGACUCGGAAUCUUUGGAAGCUAUUUCCAAGGUUGUUGACGAGUAUCUUCCCGAGCUUAAGAAGCUUGAUGGCGUGACUGUUAACAGACUUGUCUGUGGAGCCUGCCUUGAUUUCAAGCUCAUGACAACCGUUCCAUUGGAGGUUUAUGGACCCUGGGAAGAGAGUGGACACCCUCCCGAGGCUGAGUUCCUAGAGAAGAUCAAGGCGAUCGAAGGAGUUUCCUUGGUGGAAACCCAGACGAUUACUAAUAUGGAAAUCUAA